UUUUUUUUUUUUUUUGUUUUUUUUUUAAACAGAUGGCAGAGGGAGACAAAAAGUCUGCCAAGAAGAGGCACGGGAGCCGAAACCCGGUUCUGGCCCGGGGUAUUGGUCGGUAUUCCCGGUCUGCCAUGUAUGCCCGCAGGGCUAUGUAUAAGAGGAAAACUAAGACUUCCGAGACCAAGAUUGAGAAGAAGCUCAAGGAGAAGCCCAGGGCCACUGUUGUCAAGCCUGUUGGUGGAGACAAGAAUGGAGGCACUCGUGUUGUCAAGCUCCGCAAGAUGCCCCGUUACUACCCAACAGAGGACGUUCCUCGUAAGCUGAGGAGCCAUGGAAAGAAACCCUUCUGUGAACAUAAGAGGAAACUGCGGGCUUCCAUCACUCCAGGAACCGUGUUGAUCCUGCUCACUGGUCGCCACCGUGGAAAGCGUGUGGUGUUUCUGAAGCAGCUGUCUAGUGGUCUCCUGCUGGUCACCGGCCCUCUUGCCCUGAACAGAGUCCCGUUGCGCAGGGCUCACCAGAAGUUUGUCAUCGCUACAAAUACCAAAGUUGACAUCUCUGGUAUGAAGAUCCCCAAAACUCUUAAUGACACAUACUUCAAGAAGAAGAAGCUGAGAAGGCCCCGUCACCAGGAAGGAGAGAUCUUUGACACAGAAAAAGAGAAGUACCAGCUGACAGAGCAGAGAAAAGAAGACCAGAAGGCUGUUGACUCUCAGCUCCUGCCCCUUAUUAAGAAAGUACCACAGCUUAAAGGGUACCUGCGCUCCUCUUUCUGCCUGUCUAAUGGGGUUUAUCCGCAUAAACUGGUUUUCUAAUGUGUUAAUAAAGAGCACCCUGGUUGCCAUCA